AUCGAAUUCAGACAUCUGUUCGGAGCCGAGAGGAGAGAGCAUCAAUAGCAUCGCAGGGUUUUUCACUGUAACAGCACUGUAUGAGAGUCCGGACUGGCAAUCAACGCUGCUGCACCACGUAGAAACAUUAUACAGAGUUAUUUGUAAUUGUCGUUCUUCAUUUGACGGGGUGUUUCAGCUCGUCACAAUGACAGCCCUGUCGCUGCUUUUGAUGGCCGUGUCGGCCGCAUCUGUGCUGGCCGAGUCUACUGUGUAUUUCCGAGAACAAUUUGAAGAUGGGGAUGCUUGGAAGAGUCGCUGGGUGGAAUCAAAGCACAAGUCGGACUAUGGCAAUUUCAUCCUGACUGCAGGGAAGUUUUACGGAGAUGCAGAGAAGGACAAAGGCCUGCAGACAAGCCAGGAUGCCCGUUUCUAUGCAUUGUCAGCCCGUUUUGAUGACUUCAGCAACCAAGGCCAGCCACUGGUCAUCCAGUUCACUGUGAAACAUGAGCAGAGCAUUGACUGUGGCGGAGGCUACAUUAAACUGUUCCCCUCUGAUCUCAACCAGGAGGACAUGCACGGAGACUCGGUCUACAACAUCAUGUUUGGUCCUGAUAUUUGUGGCCCUGGCACAAAAAAGGUUCAUGUCAUCUUCAACUACAAAGGCAAAAACCAUCUGAUCAACAAGGACAUUAGAUGCAAGGAUGAUGAGUACACCCACUUGUACACAUUGAUUGUCAACCCAGACAACACCUACGAAGUCAAGAUUGACAAUAAGAAGGUCGAGUCUGGCAGUCUGGAAGACGACUGGGACUUUCUGCCUCCCAGAAAAAUUAAGGACCCUGAGGCCAAGAAGCCAGAGGACUGGGAUGACAGGGAGAAGAUUCCUGACCCUGAUGAUAAGAAACCAGAGGACUGGGACAAGCCUGAGAACAUCCCAGAUCCUGAUGCUAAGAAGCCUGAUGACUGGGAUGACGAGAUGGAUGGAGAGUGGGAGCCACCUAUGGUCACCAAUCCCGAUUACAAGGGUGAGUGGAAACCAAGAGAGAUCAACAAUCCUGCCUACAAGGGCAAGUGGAUCCACCCUGAGAUCGACAACCCGGAGUACACAGCCGAUUCUGAGAUCUAUAAAUACGAUAGCAUUGGUGUGAUUGGACUCGACUUGUGGCAGGUCAAGUCUGGUACAAUCUUUGACAGCUUCCUGAUCACCAAUGACCCAAACCUGGCAGAGGAAGUAGGCAACGACACAUGGGGUAAAACUAAGGAUGCAGAGAAGAAGAUGAAGGGAAGUCAAGAGGAAGAAGAGAGAAAGAAACAUGAGGAGGAGGACAAGAAGAGGAGAGAAGAGGCAAAGGAGGAAGAUGAGGAAGAAGAGAAAGAUGAGGAGGAGGAAGAUGAUGAAGAUGAAGAAGAGGACGAGAGGGAAGAGCAGCAUGAGGAGGAGGAGGAGGAGGAGGAAGAAGAAGAAGAAGAAGAGGAAGGCACAGAUUCUAAACUCAAAGAUGAGUUAUGAACUCCAUGCAGGAACUGCUUAGAGAAGAGCCUAACUGUGUCACUGAGUGGUUGGAACGAGGCUGGAGACUGAGACGGCAGACCCUCAUGACUAGCACCCUGGGGUGGGGUUGGGUGGGAUGGGGUUUUUCAUUUGGUUUUGUUUGUUUACAAAGCAAGGGAAUUGGUAAAAAGAGGCAAUUACUGUUCUGCUUGCUUCUUCCUAAUUAUUACUAUUAUUAUUAUUAUUAUUGUUAUAUCAAGGAAGAAGUAGGACUAAUGAAGAAUGUCAGGACUGGAAAUUAUAAAACUACAUGAUUUUGCAGUUUGUACCCAACAGAAAUAUUUAAAGUGUCAUAUGUAUUUUUGUUUUUUUAUGAAGUACUAUGUUUGGUGACAUGAAAAGCUGUAUUUGGUAUGUGGAUGAUACCAUGUAAAUGUUUUGUUUACCUCGUGUUUUGUCUUCUUAAUCUGUGCCAUGUCUUUUUCUUUUUG